AUGGCAAAAAUACGGCCUGGAUCCCGCAGCGGUUUUCUUGCUCCCAGCGCCGUCCCUCCCGGCAGCCCGCGGCUGCGGGGCGGUCUCCGCGGGGCAGGUGAGGAAAAAGAUCACAUCCCCCAGGAAGAUGAGAGAAACAACACAGAGGAAUGUCUUCCAGAGGCCAAGGAAAAAGAGAACGGUAUUGUGUUUGCUCUACUAGAAUGUGUUGGAGUCUUUUCAGGAGGAAUUGUCAGCAUUUUAUCUGUUUUAGAAAGCAAGCAUGUAAUCAAAAAUAUCCCAUGGACCACAGCCAAGAACUUCACAGUGGAGAGAGGACAGCAGCAAAUUGAAGAACUAAUUUCUACAUGGGACAUUCAUGAAAGCUGGCUUUACCACUCAGAAUUUCUUGAGGAAGAAGAACUGAAGAACAGCAAGAGGUACCAUUAUAGAGCUUGCUGGGGCCUCCCAACACGUAGAAAACCCAUCCCACGAGCAACAGCAAGUGUCUACUUCAUUAUAGUGAUCUCCAAAUUCAAACCUGACACUGCACCUGUGGAGGUGUUCUACAGACUGGAGUCCAGCAGGCUGAUUCGGAGGCCAGAACAGUGUCAGUUUAGAGAAAAGUGGCUUCAGGACAUCAUUGAAAAUAAAAUAAUGUGUGCAGAAAGACUUGCUUCCCGAUGAGCAGCUCCAAUUCACCAUUACCAAUACUCUGCUGUGGAGAACCAAAUAAACAUGAUGAAGGGAAAAAAGC